UGUCAGCAGCAGGAGCUGUGCAGAGCGCCAAACCCAAACUUUUUACGCACCGUGCCGCCGCUUCACCUUCACCCUCACCUUCCUCUUCCCCACCUGAGCAUCAUCUGCUGCACCGUUUUCCUCCUUCUUACCAGAUAACAAUGGAUUAACAAUUCUUCGGGUGCCAUGCUCACAUCCCCGGUUCGUCUUGGGUCGCACCACCGAGUCUUCGCAGGGAGCCAAUCCGACUUGGAUGCUUUCCAUUGCCGCUUCCGCAUUCCCGCAGCCGCCGUGAACACUGCAGGCGCGGAGCUCAGAUCCAUCCUCAACAGAAGAAACCGGUUCCUCCGGCUAAUCUACCCAAGCAUUGCUUUCGGUGCAGUAUGUUUCCAGUCAGGGGGAGAGAGGGAAGCCGGAGGAUUGAGCGACUGGUCACUGCGGGCUGUAAAAGGCCGUUUUCAGCGGUGUGAGUAGGUCGGAACCGCGUCUUGUUGAUCGGGUCACCGUAGAACCUGGAAUAACCCCGCCGCCGUGCUCCUUCAUGUCCCGGGAUGGAGAGUUGCUGUCGCUCCUGUAUGCCGUGUUUGAGCCGGCUCUGGAACUGCAUAUGGCCGGACUUCCGCUACCCAAACGUCCCCAACAACAACCAUGUCAUCGCCAAUCCGGCCGCGCAGGCUGCAGAGAUCCGCACCGUGUCCGGCGACAUCCGUGCGCCGUCUCCCAAGAAGCGGCCGGUGCAGCUGUACGCGGCGCUCUUCGACUUCGAGGCCCGCAGCGACGACGAGCUGACGGUGAAGGAGGGGGACAAGCUGUCGGUGAUCGAGAAGCGGGGGGAGUAUGUGCUGGCCAAGAAGCUGACUGGGUCCCUGGAGUCCGGACUGAUCCCGGCGAACUACGUGGCUCUGCUGCAGGACGAGUUCGCCAAACACAAGUGGUACUAUGGGAAUAUAAACCGUGUGAAAGCUGAGAAGCUGCUGCUGGCUUCCCAAAACAAAGAUGGUUCCUUCUUGGUUCGCAUCAGUGAGAGUCACAGUGAUGAGUACACAAUCUCUUCCCGAAGUGAGGGAAAAGUGUACCACUUCAGGAUUCAGCGCUCAACCAUCGGGGCGUACUUCGUCUCAGAUAAGAUCUCCUUUGCUACACUGGGAGAGCUGAUCUCUUACUACCAGAAAAACCAUCGCAGCCUGGGAGUGCUGCUGGAGGAGCCCUGUGCCCAGCAGCGGGAAUUGUUUGACAUGGAGCCAUGGGAGAGACCUCGUGAGGAGUUCAGACUCCACAAGAAACUGGGAGAGGGACACUUUGGAGAGGUGUGGGAGGCUCUAUGGACCACAGAGAACAAGAAAGUGGCCAUAAAGACGCUAAAACAAGAGGACACAAAGCAGGACGAGUUUGUGAAGGAGGUUCAGGCGUUGAAGAGCCUCCAUCACCCGAAGCUGAUCCAGCUGUUGGCCAUGUGCUCCAGAGGAGAGCCGGUCUACAUCGUGACCGAACUCAUGAGGAAAGGAAGCCUCAAGUCCUACAUCGCCUCUGCUGAAGGCCAGGUGCUGACAUCAGCUCAUCUGAUCUACAUGGGCAGUCAGAUCGCAGAGGGCAUGGCCUACCUGGAGGACAGAAACAUUGUCCACAGGGACCUGGCUGCAAGAAACAUCCUGGUGGGAGAAGAUCUGGUCUGCAAGGUGGCCGACUUUGGACUGGCUCGGAUUAUUAAGGACAGUGUGUAUACUGCCAGUCGAAACACAAAAAUCCCAGUGAGAUGGACAGCUCCAGAAGCUGCUAUUUACCAGAAGUUCUCCGUAAAAUCAGAUGUCUGGUCAUUUGGGGUCCUGCUGUAUGAGAUGAUGUCACGUGGCAAGAUGCCUUAUGAAGGAAAAAGUAACAAGGAAGUGUUGGAUCUGCUGUCAUCUGGGUUUCGACUGCCCUGUCCAACCCGCUGUCCUCAGAAUAUUUAUCGCAUCAUGAUGGACUGCUGGGCCGCUGAGCCCUCCAAGAGACCCUCCUUCCACGCCCUGCACAGCCAGUUGGAUGCAAUAUAUGCCAGGAUAUAUUUCAAGACCAUAGAGGUAUAGAAAGAGCAAGUUGUGGGGGAAGAAAAGGACGGUGAGAGCAGAUUAUCUGCAACUGAUCAUCGACAGCAUGAUGGACAUCAUAUAAGGAAAGAGAGGAGGAUGAAAAAUAGCAGGGAGUAUUCUCCUCCCCCAUGCAUCCUACUUCCACAACAGGGUAUAUGUACUUUAAGAACACAAAGGUAAGAAAGGAUCGAGGGGAGAAGAGCAUCGAAAGAGGACAAACAGGAGUGAGUUAUUUAAGAUAGAGAAGUUGCUCAACCAUUCAAAGAAGAACAAUGAGGAACAAUUCAUUUCUUAGGCUAAAAGAAAGCAAGAUUGACAAACGAAAGACUGAAAAUAUCCACAGAAAUGUGUAAAUACACUCACACUUCAACAGAAACUGAACACUCAAACCCUCAGAAGAUUCA